AUGGCUACCCAGCCAGAGACUCAAAUAAGCGCAUCAAACGAGAAAUCAGACGACACUGAGACACCAGCUGCACGCAACUUCCUCGAUCUACUACCAGAACUCAGGCUACAGAUCUACGGAUACGUCCUUCAGAACGAAAACUUCAAUUACAUUACUCGACCAGCUUUGCUUCAAAGCUGCGGCCUCUUGCUCAACGAAGCCUCUGAUCUCUACUGCAAGAAGCUUGCCGAUGAGAUCAGCAAGAGCGAACAGUCACGGCGAGUCUUGCGUGGGCAACAAACCUACGUCCGUUUCGGCUCUCGAGUUGGCCAUCUUUUGAACAGAAGCUUCGCAGAAGAAAGGCGCACGAACAAUCUUAUGGAUCUGGCGAAGAGUGAGGCCAAAGCUCUGGGCUACUGUUUGAGCUGGCAGGUGUCCGGACAGCUGGUGAUGAACAAGCUGAAAGCUCAUGUGGCCAGGAAGUAG